UGAGAACAGGAAUGGAAAAAUUAGAUAAAUUUUUUAGACAUGAGCUUGAAAUUUCUCUGAAAGUGACAACGCUUGGCUAUGUGCCUAUGUGGCUUAUACUUAGCCCCCCAUGUAAAAAAUAUCAUCAGAUCACUUUCCACCAAAUCGCCAUUACUCUCUCCUUACUCGUACGUGCAAGAUGGAGUGGUACUCAACCAGUCUGUCAUCGCCUUCCUCGUCCUCCCUCCUUAAUCUUCGGGGCUCUGCAUUAACUAGAAGAAAGUUCUGUAAGAAAUUUCCACAUCCUUGUUUGUCAUCAUCCAGACUUCCCAAACCCUUUCUUCAAGUUCAUCAUAAAGCCCAGACCUUGAUUCAUCAACAAACUCCGGCCAAUCUCACGUCCAAAACUUAUAGAGCAACCAUAUCUGCUGAAGCUGGAAAACAAGGUUGGGAUAUUGGCAGAUUCAUAAAAACACUAUACUUUUUCAAUGGACCCCCUUCUCCUGCUAAGUUUUUUGACUUUCUAGUUGAGAAACUAUCGGGUCCUUCCCCAAGUAAACCGGUUAAGUCCAUGGAGAAUUCUGAUAUUGUCCUGGUAGCUGGAGCUACUGGUGGUGUUGGUCGAAGGGUGGUUGACAUAUUGCGAAAGAAAGGAAUUCCAGUUCGAGUAUUGGUUCGAAAUGAAGAGAAGGCAAGAAGGAUGCUAGGCUCAGACAUUGACUUGAUUGUUGGAGACAUUACAAAAGAGAGCACUUUGGUUCCUGAGUACUUCAAAGGAGUGAAGAAAGUAAUAAAUGCUGUUUCUGUCAUUGUUGGUCCUAAGGAAGGGGACACUCCAGAUAGGGCAAAAUACAGCCAAGGAAUUAAGUUCUUUGAGCCAGAGAUCAAAGGUGAUCCACCAGAGUUGGUGGAGUAUGUGGGGAUGAAGAACUUGAUAAAUGCUGUGAAGGAGAAUGUUGGACUUCAAAGGGGAAAACCAUUAUUUGGCUUUGAAGGAGACAAUUAUAGGCAGCUACCUUGGGGUGCUCUAGAUGAUGUUGUAAUGGGUGGAGUCAGUGAAAGCACUUUCCAAAUUGACCCAACCGGUGGUGAAAAUGGUGGACCAACUGGGGUCUUCAAAGGUGUUGUUUCAACAGCAAACAAUGGUGGCUUUACCAGUAUCAGAACUAAGAAUUUCUCAGAACCUGAGAACCUUUCUGCAUAUGAUGGUUUGGAGCUCCGUCUUAAAGGUGAUGGCCGUAGAUAUAAACUCAUUGUUCGUACAAGCCGUGAUUGGGACACUGUUGGUUACACUGCAGGCUUUGACACUGUGGAAGGCGAAUGGCAAUCAAUACAAUUGCCUUUUUCUUCUUUAAGACCUGUGUUUCGAGCAAGAACUGUCUCAGAUGCACCACCAUUUGAUCCAAGCAACAUCAUAUCAUUGCAGCUGAUGUUCAGCAAGUUUGAAUAUGAUGGUAAAUUAAAUCGAACAUUUAAGGAAGGUCCUUUUGAGCUUCCUGUGUCAAGCAUACGGGCAUAUAUGGAGGAUCCAGUAACACCCAGAUUUGUACAUGUCGGCUCAGCGGGAGUUACCAGACCCGAAAGGCCUGGACUUGAUCUGACUAAACAGCCUCCUGCUGUUCGAUUAAACAAAGAACUGGGUUUUAUCCUCACAUUUAAACUGAAGGGGGAGGAUUUAAUUAGAGAGAGUGGCAUACCCUAUGCAAUUGUGAGGCCUUGUGCGUUGACUGAAGAACCUGCUGGAGCUGAUCUAAUAUUUGAUCAAGGAGAUAAUAUUACGGGCAAAGUAUCAAGGGAAGAGGUUGCCCGUAUAUGUGUGGCUGCGCUGGAAAGCCCUUUUGCAUGCAACAAAACGUUUGAGGUUAAAAGUACUGUUCCAUUUAGCGAGCCAUUCACAGUCGAUCCCGCGAAUCCCCCUCCAGAAAAGGACUACAACGAAUAUUUCAAAAAUUUGAAAGAAGGCAUCACUGGAAAAGAAGCCCUUGAACAGCAAAGUCCUGUUCCAGUUUAAUUUUCCUGCUUGGCAGUCCACUGUCGGUGGCAGAUGUGGAAUAUGAAUCUGCUGAUUCAGAGCCGAUCAAGUUUGACAUAAAUUUUACCAUAGGACAUGUCCCGUGUCUGUAUAUUCUUUGUUUUAAACGUGUCUGCCUUUUUUCUGUUGGCCCUAAAGCAGAUGAGAGCCCCAGAAAAAUUACAGUUAAUAAGACAUACAUGGAAUCUGGUUCAUCUUUGGACUAUCUCAGGACGAACGUCAGUAUGGUUGUUGUUUCAUGGGAGUUUGUCGGAUAAUUACGACAUUGAUUUUGUUUCUGUUCUCUAGAAUCAUCAUACUAUUUAUCCGGUCGGCAUGCCGUAUGGUUCAGAUUUUGUUUUUAUUUCA